UUGAAUUAAAGAGAAAUGAGCGAUACUACUUCAACAGAGGAGGAUUUAGCACCAAAACCUCCAAAAGAUAACUACAAGUUUGUUUAUUUGACAUUCCUGUGACUAGGAAUGGCAAUUCUUCUUCCUUGGAACUCACUGAUAAUGGCAUUGGACUAUUUUGAAGCUAACUUGCCAGGUCAUGAUAUAAAUUUUGUUGUGUCUAUUCUUUCAAAUGGGCCCUUGUUUAUCACUAAUUUGCUUAUGAUUAUUUUGGCUCCCUAUUUCCCAGAUAAAAUCACAACUAUCGUUACAAUGCUGAUGCUCUGUGGUUUAACAAUAGCCUUACCUUUAUUUCCGGAACUGAUCGAUAGUCUUGAGACUUUAUGGAUCAUCAUUUUUAUCGCUAUCAUUGUAAUAUCAUGUGUUAAUGGAGUUAUGCAGUGCUGAGCUUUUGGGUAUACAGCAUCAAUUCCAGGCAACUACAUUGGCCCACUUAACACCGGAUGUGCUGUGAGUGGACUUGCUGUAAGUAUAGCAAGAGCUUUUUCAUUAUUAAUAUUCCCAACUAAGGAUGAUCCUAAUGACCCAAAUUAUUUCAGAGGAGCUUUGGUAUACUUCAUACUAGGAGUGCUAACACUCGUUCUUGGAAUUUUUAUGCUGCUCUACUUGCCAUACACUAGAUAUUUUAAGUCAAACUAUUUCGAAUUCCACACUAAGAGGAGACACUCUUCAUAUGACACCCUAGAGGUUUUAGAUCCCAAGAAUAAUGGUACUAUCGGAGUCACAGAAGAGAACAAUAAUCUUUUGGAAAUAGAAGAGGAAAAUAAAUCCAAUCCCAAUAAAAUGGAAUCUCUUAGCUAUAUGUUUAAAAUACAUAAUACCUUACUCAUUACAGGUUAUGGGCUGGUUAUUAUUUACAUCCAAACUUUCUGUGUCUUCCCUGCUGUCUUGCUGGAAGGAAACAUCGAUUUUAUUUCAAGCAAGGCAUGGGAAGUUUGGUUCAUUAUCUCCCUGUACAACUUUGCAGACACUGUAUCGAGAUUUGUCUCUGAGUAUAAGGUCGUCCUGACUGUAAACACAUCUGCAUUAGCCACAUUAUUGAGAUGAAUUCCAAUCGGCUUUGCAUUCCUUUCUGCCUACGACAUUGUCUUCUUCAGGCAUGAUGCAUUUAAAAUUAUCAAUAUCCUAAUAAUAGGGUUUACUAAUGGAUAUAUCGGAAAUUGCCAGAUGAUGCUAUCAGUGGAUAAAGCUAAGGCUCAGGACAAAGUGAUAACUUCCAAAUUCAUGGCUCUCUUCUUGGUCUUAGGAAUAACACUUGGAAGCAUUGUCUCCUCAUUUGGCAUAACAAAAUUAUUUGAUUCUGAGUAA